UUUCACUGUUUGACCGAUUUUUACGAACGCCGUAAAACAACUGAAAAUCGACUCGAGUGCUAUCUUAUCAACGUAGAUUAUGUAUACAAGUGUUAAAUUUAUUCUGUGUAAUGGCCAGAACAUUACAUAUCAGCGACCUAACGGGUACCGUGAAGUGAAAACAGAUUUAAUAGACGAAAACUCAAGAAAACGUAUGGAACGUAGCGAAUUAUCACUCAGUUUUCAUAAUCUUAUUAAAAGAGAUGAGGAACUCUACGGGUACACAAACUACGGUAUGGAAACGCCAACACCUUCAACGACGCCUGGGGACUGUUUGCAAGGAAUAUUUCAAAAUCUGGAUUCCCUGACACCCACUGGUGUGGACUCUGACUUUGACGAGAGUCUUGCCGUUCCAGAAUCUUUGUCAGUCAUUGAUGUAGAUAAGAUAAACAGCAAAGAGGAAACGGACGCUUCAGCUCCCCGAGCAACUGCAGUGCCAUAUAAAGCCAUUCACGCUUCUCCAAUUAAAUUUAAUUCAGUACAUAGAAAAGUGUUCAUACCGGGUGUUGAAAUAAAGGUCAGAUUCGUGGAGAACGAAAGAAGCGUGACAACACAUUUACUCAACCCUAAUCUAUAUACGAUAAACCUCCAGCAUGGCGACUUCACUUGGACGAUUAAAAAGCGCUACAAACACAUUCUAUAUCUACAUCAACAGCUGUCGUUAUACAGGGCAACUCUCAAAAUACCCUUUCCCACCAAAACCCACAAGUCGAGACGAGCUAGUUUUAAGAAUACAGUGGAUACCGAAGAGAAGGCAGAAAAAGUGGUAUUACAGGCCGUUCCAAGGAGUAAUUCUAAGCGACGGGAAGGCAGACCUAGAAAGCGGAAAGGAGCCCUGCCAAGAUUCCCUCGGAAACCAGAAGUGAUGGUGACAUACGAAGGAAUACAGUUGCGUAUGAAACAACUCGAGGAAUACCUCUUCAAUCUACUAAAUAUAUCCAUAUACAGGAAUCAUCACGAGACAGUGAAAUUUCUCGAAGUUUCUAACAUUUCGUUCAUAUCAGAACUGGGUACGAAAGGCAAGGAGGGAAUUAUACAGAAGCGGACCGGCUCGACUCGGCCCGGUCAAGCUGGAUGCAAUUGCUUCGGACUCCUGGGCAAUAUGGUGUGUGUCAGGUGUAAUUAUUUCUGCACGGGGUUAGUGUGUGCGAAAUGGCAGGACAGAUGGUUGUUCGUGAAAGAUACGUUCUUCGGGUACAUUCGGCCUAGCGACGGCGUCAUUAAGGGCAUUAUGUUGUUCGAUCAAGGGUUCGAAGUGUCGAGCGGUUUGUAUUCAACGGGAUUGAACAAAGGCCUACAAAUCCUGAACCAGAGCAGGCAGAUGGUGAUCAAGUGCUGGACUAAGAGGAAGAGUAAGGAGUGGAUGCAUUAUCUGAAGUCUGUUGCCAAUCAAACCGCUCGGGACUUUACUUACCCCAACGUCCAUCACUCGUUCGCCCCCCCUCGGGCGGCCACUCCGGUGGCCACUCUAGUCGACGGCUCGGAGUAUCUAUCGGCCGUAGCCGACGCCAUGGAGCUGGCUAGGGAGGAGAUAUUCAUAGCCGAUUGGUGGCUCAGCCCUGAAAUAUAUAUGAAGAGACCGGCCCUGAAUGGAGAUUACUGGAGGCUGGAUACCAUUUUGAAAAGGAAGGCGGCACAAGGCGUGAAGGUGUUCGUGAUGCUGUACAAAGAAGUGGAGAUGGCACUGGGUAUCAACAGUUUCUACAGUAAAAGUAGAUUAGCUAGUGAAAACAUUAAGGUUUUCCGACAUCCAGACCACGCAAAAGGUGGAGUGCUCUUCUGGGCUCAUCACGAGAAAAUCGUUGUUAUCGACCAAACUGUUGCGUUUGUGGGCGGCAUCGACCUGUGCUAUGGGAGAUGGGACGACCAUAAGCACAGACUAACCGACCUCGGCAACAUAUCGCAACCGAAGACCUUGAUAAAAACCAAGAAGAAAACCUCGAGUUCCCCCGGCGGGGGAUUGUACGUGAAUUACGGGAACGGAUUGGAAGCCGCGAUCGAAUUGGCCAAGUCUUCGAAAGAUGUCGUUAUUGGUCUCAACAUACCGUUCCAAGAAGAAGAAAAAGCAGAAAGUACAGAGGAUGAAACGAAAUCAGAAGAAGACACAUCAAAACCCGAACCUGUCCUAGAAGUGGGUGAUCAAUUAUUACAAAUAGGAACAAGAAGAGAUUCGAAUUAUGACAGCGAUGGACUUAAACGAAACGUUCUAGACAAAAUAACGGACAGAGGAAAAGAUUUUAUCAGUAUUAUAUACCCACCGUACGAGGAGGAGAGAAAUGAACAGAAAUUUGAUGAUUCUGAAAGAAAGAAAGCAGAGAAAUACGCUAGGUCAAACGACGAAAUACUUCUCACCGAUGGCAUUAAGCCUAGGUCGCCUAGUGAACCUACGCCCUUAGCUCAAGUAGUCGAAGGGAGGGUGAUAACGGAAAGUACGAAAAAAGCAUUAGAUGACAUAGAAGGGAACUCGAAGUUGUGGAUAGGGAAGGACUACGUCAAUUUCAUAGUUAAGGAUUUUAAUACGUUGGAACUACCUUUUGUUGACCUGGUGGACCGCAACACGACGCCGCGCAUGCCGUGGCACGACGCGGGCGCGCUGCUGGCCGGCGCCGCCGCGCGCGACGUGGCGCGACACUUCGUGCAGCGCUGGAACGCCAUCAAGCUGGAGAAGGCCAGGCAAAAUACGAACUACCCGUAUCUGGUGCCGAAGACAUACAGCGAUAUCAAGCCGUUACAAGGCUUGGAACAAGUUCUCAAUAUCGAAAUGAUUAACACUUCCUGUCAGGUGUUACGUAGUGUGUCGAGCUGGUCCUGUGGGUUCCUGGACCCCGACACGGUGGAGCAAAGCAUACACGAGGCUUACGUCGACACCAUCACGCGCGCACAAUACUAUGUAUACAUCGAGAAUCAAUUCUUCAUCACUCUCUCCAGAUCCAGCCUCACCGUCAGGAACCAGAUAAGCGAAGCGUUGUACAACCGUAUAAUGCGAGCACAUCGCGCCAAGGAAUCGUUCCGCGUGUUCGUGGUGAUGCCGCUCCUGCCGGGGUUCGAGGGGGAGGUGGGGGGGCCCUCGGGGACGUCCCUGCACGCGGUCACGCAUUGGAACUAUCAGAGUAUAUGCAGAAGUCGAGAGGCAAUCAUCACCCGUCUGUACGAGGCGGGUGUAGAGGAUCCGUUUGAGUACAUUACUUUCCACGGUCUCCGGACACAUUCAAUAUUAGACGGAGAACCGGUCACUGAGCUGGUGUACGUACAUUCGAAGCUACUGAUCGCUGAUGAUAGAUUUGUCAUAUGUGGGAGUGCCAACAUCAACGACAGGUCCAUGAUUGGUAAACGGGACUCAGAAAUUGCAGUGCUUCUACAGGAUGAACAAUUCGAAGACGGUAUAAUGAACGGGAAACCGUUUCCAUGCGGUCGGUUGGCCGGCGCUCUCAGGAAGCGUCUGUUUCGGGAACACUUGGGGUUGAUGGAAGAGGAUGUGAUCAAACUGAGCGUCAAUCUGGACGACCCGUGCUGCGAUCAGUUCUAUAACAGAAUAUGGAAAGCCACUUCGAAACGGAACACUGAUAUUUAUGAAGAAGUUUUUCACACAAUUCCAACAGACUCGGUGCACACAUUCGCCGAGCUGAAGAAAUACAACGAAGAGAACAACGAAACACUCUGGCACAAAGACCCGGCCCUCGCGAACAGGAAAAUAGACCUUAUACAGGGCUAUCUCGUCGACAUGCCACUACAAUUCCUUUGCAACGAAACAUUAACACCGAGAAACACUUCUAUGGAGGGUAUUUUGCCGACCUCUCUCUGGACUUAAUUGAAUAAAAGUUGCCAGUGGCAAAAAAUACUUAUUAUUAAUAAUUUAAAAUGUAAAGAAUCAGAACAAAAUACAUGUUUUGGAUGUCUACAAAACUAAUACAUAUGUAUAUAAAUAAUAUUGGAUUUGCCAAAUCUUAAACCAGAAAGCAAUUAGUUGCGUCUCAAUAAUUAUUUAGAAAAUUCAUACCAUCGUGUAAUUUGCAGCUUAAAGCAUUAAUUGCUAAAUAAAUAGUCGUAAUAUGUGGUUCUAACAAUGUUUACGUAACGCGUGCUUUGUCU